AUGCGAAAAGUGUUACCACGAUCAAAAAUUCUGGAUAUCAAUCCUCGCGACUAUUAUGUUGGUCUCAGCAAAGUUGGCAGUGGUGCCAAUGGAGCCGUUGUCAGAGCGACCAAACGAUCCAACAACAAAAUGCAAGUGGCUAUUAAGCGUUGUUAUAUAGAAGAUCAAGAUACCCCGCACCAUGCAUACAUUCUCCGCGAACUGCGCAUCAUGGGUUGUUUAUCCCAUCCUAACCUCUGCCAGCUAAAAGAAGCCAGUUUAUGGGGAGAUCAUCUUUGGAUGAUUAUGGAACUCAUGGCAUGCUCUGUUUUCGGUUUGUUAUUCAACACCACCGUCGGUCUCUCUGAAGCCAUGGCUAUCCGAGUGACCAAAGAGUGUCUCGAAGGUCUCGUGUAUCUCCACUCCAAGAAUUACAUGCAUCGUGAUAUCAAGUGCGAAAAUAUCUUGCUCGGUCGCAACGGUCAAGUGAAAUUGGCUGAUUUUGGUUUGGCCACACCUUUGAAUCGAGUCAACUCGGCGCGUUUAGGCACUGCCAAGUGGAUGGCACCUGAAGUGGUGGCUGAAAACCCGUACAAGGAAAACGUGGAUGUGUGGUCUAUGGCUAUUACGUUGAUCGAAAUGAUGGAUCGCGUGCCGCCUUUAUAUUACUUGGAAGGCAACCGUGAAAUCUACGGCGAAAUUCUGUAUGGCAAUGCGCCUACAUUCAAUUUCACAUCACCUUCUUCGGCCGUAUCGGAGCUCCUAGCAAGCAUGCUGGAUCCUGAGCCGGAGCGACGUCCAGGAGCUCGUUGCGUCUUGACCAAAAUCAAGCAGCAGAUCUCGCUGGGCAACCUGAAAUGCGCGAAGCAAGCCGAAUUGGGGGCUUUAGUACGAGAAGUCUUCCCCGAGUCCGUUUAA